UUCGACUCAAUGCGCUAACAGUUUUCUUUCAACUCUCUGUUUCGUUGAUUGCAAAGUUUAUUGAUCGAUGGCAUCACCAUUGUGUGUAACUUUGACUGUGGUCAUAAUAAUCAUUAUCACAUCAGAAGUUAAGACAACAUUUGGCAUCAGUUAUAGUUAUGCAGGACAAGGUGACGGAGCCAGAGCAACUGUUGAGCCAGAUGUCUUACCUGCCUUGCAGCCAAAAUCUGCAGGGUACACAAAGACAAUGUGUAACGUGCAAUACACAAUUACCUAUGGUUACUCGCGCUUCCACGUGUGGAAUAAUUACGCGGAAAUUUCUCAGUCUGAUGGUGUAGUCUCCACUACCCUUAGGUUCACUGUGAGGGCUGCCAGCGACGCUCACAUUCUUCUGGCGCCAAGUGAUAAUGCAACUAUAGGGCAUCCAGUUUACGAGAUCGUACUUGGUGCCGGCAGAAAUACAUUUUCUGACAUCCGUCGAGCUCUUCGAACGGGCACAAAAUCUAAUUUGCAAACACCAGAGUUGCUUUCCGGCUUUGAGCCACGUAGCUUCUGGAUCCGCUUGUCAGGCGAUGGCACUAUCGGCGUGGGUAAAGAGGGUGACGACACACCUUUCAUGGCAUGGCAAGACCCUCAGCCACUAAAGAUCAAGUUUUUUGCCUUCUGCACUUGGAACGGUGUGUUCGGAAAAUGGGAGUACAACUGUCCUAAGAAAAACACAACCCCCAACAGUUCAAAUAAUGAGCCUCCAAUACCUGUACCUACAGAGCCUGAACCAAACGCGGAAGCCAGACUAACGGAUGCGGAGCGCUUGCGAAGAAAUCUCUUCGGUGAUUACAACCCUUACACAAUCCCAACAUUAAAACACAGUCCUACCCUGAAAAUAUAUGCUGCGUUUGUGCCUCAAAACAUCGAUAUUAUUGAAAAGGAAAGCACUGCAAUCCUGCUUGGACAAUUGGCAUUGACCUGGAAGGACGAAAAACUGAGGUGGAAUCCUGCUGAUUAUGACGGAAUUAAUCAUAUCACCGUGCCAACAGGUCAAAUUUGGAUUCCAGAACUUAUUCUUUACAAUGCUGCCGACGGAAAAGGCUGUGAUCUAAUGAGUGCACUAUCGCUUCUCCAUGUUGACUGCAACGGGACAGUAUACUGGACACCAAAGACACAAAUGAAGGCACUAUGCAACCUAAAUUUGGAGUUUUGGCCCUUUGAUAAGCAAGUGUGCACCUUCACACUUGGCGUCUGGGGCCAGUCGGACAAAGUGAGCCUUAAAAAUAUGGUGGAUGAGUCAGGAGUGACAGAUUUUUCGACAACUGGAAUAGAAAAAGCCCAAUGGGUCUUGGAAGAGCUGACUCUUCACGAGCAAGCAGAAAAUGAUUUGCAUCCAUAUUUUGAGGACAAAUAUUAUAGUGACGAGAGUGAACAAGACGAUGCAGAUGAUGAUGAUAUUGAAAUGAAAAACACAGCCUUGGAGUUUAAAGUCAAACUUCGACGGAGCAAUGGAAUUUACACUUGGACAGUUUUUGCACCUUUAUACGUGGUGCUCAUUUUUAUCGCUGCCUCAUUUUGGAUGGAAACAAACCAAUCAUACCGGCUGUUUUUUGGCCUGAUCUGCUUGACGACCAAUUUUAUAGUUUUGAUGAGCUUUUUCUCACAGUUUCCUGGAGAAGUGAGCAAAACUCCUCAUAUAAUUUCAAUGUAUUCCAACGCCUUGAUUCUAUCAACCUUUUCGAUUUUGACUACCAUCGUUGUCAUGCUAACUAGUGAAUGCAAGUCUGAAUCAGCACCACCACCAAUCAUCCUUACAUUCCUGUCAUAUUUGCCAGAUAUUGUGACAAAUAUGCACCGCGUUCAUCGUUACCCCGUAAAUACACAAAUUAAAAAAUUAAAGAAUUCAGAUUGAAGCUGAAUGUAAGGUCCUUGCUCGGGUUGUAGAUCCCAAUGUUGAAAUGCAACUCCUUCUCACGCAGGAUCAGCCGGUAUGUCAACCGGAAUCUAUGUGAGAAAAAUUUUGUUUAUAAAAAAAAAAAAAUUGGAAAUGAUAAAUAAUUAAAUAAUUUGUUGUCUGUAAAGACAAUUUCAUGAAAUAUUUUAUUUCAAGACAGAAGUAAAAAUUUUAGAAUUUUUUUAGAAUAUAUUUUCUGUUUUUCUGCCAUCCUAAAAUAUGUAUUUGG